AUGGGAAACAAAAUCAACAACUUUGGAACGGAGACCCUGCCAUUAAUUUCGAUUUUUAUUUCAUGUACUAGAGCCAGCACAUUAACAUGUUGGAACUCUGUCCCUGAGUUUAAAACUUUUUUUAACAGUAAGACAAAGCCACUUCAACAACCGAUAACUUUGAACCCAGUAUUAUUAGGAAAAUGAACAUUGACUAUUCUUAUAUGUACGGAAAACCAGACCUUAGGAUGAUCUGUGCUCAUUAAAUACCCUCAUUUCAACCCACGAGGAGUUGGGUCAAGUGCAGCCUCUGUUGGUAGACUCACUCACCAUUUCCAGGUGCGCGUUGCGGGUCGAUCCGAAUUAAUCAGAGCGAAGUCCCGGAUACCGAACAGAAAACCGAAAAAAAAAAAAAAAAUACCCCCAUUUCAUUCUUUCUUAAUUCUCCACAUCUCUGGUUGGCUUCCAGCUAGUACUCCGUUUAGCAGCCAUGGCCGAGGGGAAGGUUUGUGCUAAUUAAAUAUCUUUUUUUUCUUUUUGGGAAAAGGAUAGGCUUUUGUGUUUUAGUUGAUGCAUCGGCAUAGCUUCCUAAUUAAUUUUGCUCAUCUUAUCUGCCCUUUCUUCUAUGUCAGAACCUGAAUCUUCUUCUUCCACAUAAUCCUUUUAUGGAAACUUCCUUCUCUUCUAAUAUAUAUAUAUACUUGCUUUUACAGGUGACUACAAUGGUGCUAAAUGUGGAUUUACAGAGCUCAAAAUGCUACAAGAAAGUCAAGAAACUUCUCUGCAAAUUUCCUGAAAUACGAGAUCAGGAGUAUGAUGAGAAGGCAAACAAGGUGACAAUUAAGGUGAUGAGCUGCUCGCCGGAGAAGAUCAGGGACAAGUUAUGCUGCAAGGGUGGUGGAUGCAUCAAGAGCAUUGAGAUACCUCCGCCUAAGCCUCCGACUCCACCUCCGCCUAAGCCUCCGACUCCACCUCCGCCUAAGCCUCCGCCUCCGACUCCGACUCCGCCUCCGCCUGAACCUAAGCCAAAGCCUGUGAAAGUAUCUGUAGAUGUACAAGUCCAGGGGACUAUUUCUUGUAAAUGCUCUAGCGGAAGGCCUAGGGACCCAUGUUCCUGUGGCGGGCAAUUCCAAUGCGUUGUGUGUUAAAUGCAAACUUAGUCUUUUAACUUUAAGAUUUUGCACAAUUUUGGUUUCUUAAUUUUUUUUAUUUCCUUAACUAUAAAAUAUGUAUGUUUUU